AAAGAAAAUGAAUUAGAUGAAAUGGAUGAUAUACAUCUAGAUAAUUCUGAUAAUAGUAAUGAUAGCUAUGCGCAUGAUUCUACUAAAUUACAAGAUAUGGAGGAUGAUAAAGAAUUUUUACUUGAACUUGUACAUGCAAUGAAAAACUACCCCAGUUUAUGGGAUAUACAUAAUUUGGAUUUUAACAAUUAUAAAAUGCGUGAACAACAUUGGAGAGAAAUCGAGACAAAAUUACAGGAUUUCAAACGUGAUUUGAAAACAAUUAAAUUACGUUGGCGUUUGGCAAAGUUUAGUUACAUGUGCAUACGACUCGAGGAUCACAUCACAACAGAAGAUAACACCUAUUCGAAAUGUUUAAAGAACUUGCCUGUAGACGAAAUGUCAUAUUUAUGUUUCUGAAAAAAUGUAAAACUGAAUUAAUUUGAAAA